UUAUUUCAGAUUUAAGAAUGAGCGGUGUACCACCCCUAGAUCUUCUGAACCCAGCUCUAGUCCCACCUCAUCCAGGUUCAUUCUGGCAGGAAUGUCCAGAUGUUAACUCCGGGUACCCUUACUACUGGAACACCUUGACUAACCAGGUUGUAUGGGAGAUCCCCCCUGAAAUGAUACAAUACCGCCACAGUUUACUCGCCCUUCCGCCACCAAACCCACCUCCGCCACCAACCUCGGUUCUCAAGGACAACAUUCCUCCAUCCUCGUUAGUUUGUGGUUAUGAUAGUGAACCGGAGCCGGAGGAAGAUGAAGUUCCGGCGGAAACAAUAGAGGCUGAUCCAGAGUUUAUUGGUCCCCGGGUUCCGAGGGCGGAGUCUGAUCCGCCGCCUCUUGGAGCGGAGGAUUUAAAACAAAACGAGUACAAGACUAGUUCUGAAACUUACACAGCAUCUCAAAACAACCUGGAGAACGAAAACUCGAAAGAGGAUCAGUGUACUACCAACGGAGAUUCCGCACCUGUUAACGGAGAAGGACAGCCUCGUCAGUUAGACGAUUCCAUGGAGGAUAUUAUGUCAAAGAUAGAGGCUGAACAGCCUCCAGACUAUCAGAUGAAUGGGGGAAAUGUUCAUGUGGAUCCAUCAAGUUCUGGAGUCCCCCCUUCCCCUGCUGGUGUGCUCCUCCCUCCUCCUCAUCCCUCACACGUCUUUGCUCCCCCUCCCCCGCCACCCGGUCAACCUACAGCUCAACAACCAACAGGUCUGAGCUCAUUUUCACUACUCAGCUCCUACUCAGACUCUGAUCAAUCAGAUAGUGAUUCAGAGGAUAUUCAGGAGGUAAAGGCCUCCUCAAAGCUGAAGCCUGUGACCGGUCAACUCGACUCCUCGGGCAGAAUAUUCUUCCCAUCAAGCGAAAGCUGGCAGACAGCUGAACAGAAAGCUGCUCUAGACAGCUACAAAUCUGAACAUCAGGUGGAGACAGCUGGACAGCAUCAAAUUCAAGCUGUCAAGGAACCAACAGCCGUCAACAGCAGAAAGCGACGUAUUGCACUUCCCGGAGGAAGGUUUAAUAAGAGCAGUGAAGUAGAAACUGAGAAACCGCAGUCCUCAAAUCCUGAUCUCAAGAGCAAAUACGCUGUACAGUUCGUUAAAUCUAGUACAGUACUCCCUGGUUCUCUCGGAACAGAAGAGAAUAAAGUAGAAGAUAAGACGGAGAAAAGAAACGGAACCUUAAAUCCUGGUUCCAUAUCACCACAGGAAGAGGAAGAAGAAGAAUCUAUAGACGGAUUAACUGAAGAGGAACUAGCUGAAGAGCUGGUGGAAAAACUUGAAUUCUUUAAAGUUGGUGGAGAGAAAAUAUCAAGCCUCAAACUACUAGCUGUAAAAAUAGAGACAUUGUACAGUGCGUGGAGUGCUGGGGCACUUACUGCAAACUAUCUCAAAUUUUUCCUCGAAACGGCCCAUAGACGAAUCCGCCAAACGGAAUUGGACCAACUCUGUCUUCACCCCUGGACUGUGAGAUGGGACAGGAAAGACCAACAGUACAGAUUCAGAAACAGAUUAACUGGAGAAAUUACUUUCAUCAAUCCACAUAUUCAUUCAGAACUAAACCCUCCCCCUCUACCCACGGAUACUGGAUACGCCCCUCCCCCACCUCCUUCCCCGCCCACACCUCCUCCAGGAUCCCCGCCCACCCAGGACAACGUCCCUCAAGACAUGGAACUGGAUGAUGAAGAUGAUGAGGAUGAUGGCGAGGACGAACUGCAUCCUCUUCUGCAACCUCUUCCUCAACCCCAGCCUCAACCCCAACCUCAAUCCCAGCCCCAACCUGAAUUACCGCUGGAGGAUCCAACAAAUAUGGAUUCUGAGGCAACUUCAAAUUUUACCGAUGAACUAAGUUCUUUUUACUCAGAAAUAGGUUUCUCGGAUCCUGUUGAAACCCCUUCUGUCCCUGCUCCGCAGCAGAUAUCCUCUCCUAGCCGAGGUGCUAGAAGCAUCUCCCAAGAGGAGCAGGAGACCCCUGUAGAGGAGGAAGGAGGAGGAGAGUAUGAAGGAGCCCAGGGGGAUUCUGCUCCUUCAUCACCUGCACCUCAUACAGAGGCUAAGAGAAGAAAAAAGGCUGUAAAAGUAUCGAACAGCCUGUCUAUGAAGAAGAAAGGGUUAAACAACAUGCUGGCCAAGUGGCAAAACAUCAACUAAUUCAUCAACUAGAGCUGGUGUCAAGUUAUCUAUUGUUUUCUUAUAAACCUAAAACAAUUAUUUUUUAAUAGAAAAUCUAGAAUUCAGAGAACUCUAAAUAAUUUGACCUUUAUUUAUAUUUUCGUACAAUUUAAUUUUUGUCUCAAUAUUCAUAACUAGUACAUGUAUUUUUAGUUCAGGAAUUAUUCAAAUAAAAAUCCUGUAAUGUAA